GAUGUCAAGCUUACAAAAGGAAACUUGGUAUUCGACUCUCCUGUACCUAAUACGAUUCUUCAUAAUAUUUCCAACAAAUCCGAUGACGAAUUUACGCAUAUAAGAUACACCGCAAUUACAAGCAAUCCAGAUGAGUUUGAAGGAAAGAAAUAUUCGAUUCUACAAAAUAAUUAUAAUCGAAAUACUGAAAUAAUGGUUGUUAUUACAAUGUAUAAUGAAAAUGAUACUCUCUUUAUUAAAACAAUGUCUUCUGUCAUCAAAAAUGUGGCCUAUAUUUGUUUUAAAAACAGAUCAGAAAUAUGGGGAAGUGAAGGUUGGAAAAAAAUUGUCGUGUUAAUUGUUUCAGAUGGUCGUAAUAAAAUCAAUAAAAGGACUCUAAAUGUUCUGAGUGCCAUGGGAUGUUAUCAAGAUAGAAUUAUGCAAGAUCGUGCCAGAAGAAAACCUAUCACUGCGCAUCUUUGUGAAUACACUACACAAUUAAUGGUCGAUAAUGAUUUUAAU